CUUAUUAAAUAGAUAUCAAUGAGGAAUUGAGAUUGACAGCUGGAUCAUCUAUAUUCGCAUAAAUGUCGUUUAAAUACUUAACUGUACUUUUUUGGCUCUUGAUAGCAGUUGAACUUCAGAAAUGCGACCAGGUGGCAAAAGAGAUGUACACCGAGCUACUCAGUGAAACUGGGCUUGAUUCUUGUCGCUCUCUGGAUGAUCUGCUGUUAUCACUCGUGAAUAAAUCAAACGAUUUAAAGGAGAACUACACCAGUGUCGAGUCGGUGCCGAACAACCUGUUGAUAUCCGACGAGUAUUUUUCUCAGGAUGCAGUUGACAAAGCUCUGAAAAUUUGUCUAGAUGAAGAAAUAGUGAGCAAAAACAGAGUUUCGUGGAAAACAUGGCUGGUGGGAAGUGCGGUUGUGUUACUCAUCAGUGUGAUCUCGAUGACUGGAGCUCUUCUGAUUCCGUUUAUGAAUGCCAAAAUGUAUCAUUACGUGCUUUCCUUUCUUGUCGCUCUCGCUGUCGGAUCCUUGUCGGGCAGCAGCAUAUUCCACUUGAUUCCUCAGGCGUUCAAUUUGGUGUCACCGGGAGGAGAUCAUGACUACCUGAACAAGGGUGCAAUGGUAGUAGCUGGAAUAUACCUCUUCUUCAUGACGGAACGACUUCUCAAGACCCUCAUGCACUGGAGAAAAAUGCGGAACGAAAACGAUAAAAAGAAUCGCUUCAAGAAUGAGCAUCGGGAUGAAAAUGGGGAGCCGACUUCUCAGGGCUUGCCGCCAAUCUGCUCAGUGCAUGUGCGCAACUAUCAUUACGAGGACAAUUGCUGCAAGGAGCCGACUGUCGUUCUGCGCCCGACUACUAGUCAUAAAAUGAGCGAAAGCGACACCUCUCCCUGCUCUUCUGUAGACGUGGGAGUUGCAGCGGACCCUCAUCUGACAGAGCACAAUGGCACCGACUCCUAUUCGCCCUCUGAUCCCCUGAACGGAGGAAGCGACAUACACAAUAGAAAAAAAAACAAGAAAAACACAGGAGGAUGCAAACAUGGACACCAAGUAGACACCUCGAGGCCUAUUGCUACUGUAGCUUGGAUGGUUAUUUUUGGCGAUGGAAUUCACAACUUCAUUGAUGGCUUAGCAAUUGGUGCUGCCUUCGUGACUAGCACCGUGGCAGGACUGAGUACCUCAGUGGCAGUGAUAUGUGAGGAACUGCCUCACGAACUAGGAGACUUCGCCAUUCUGCUCAAUGCAGGCAUGACCUGGAAACAGGCUCUCUUCUACAACUUCCUCUCCGCCACCAGCUGCUUCGCCGGUCUGUUCGUCGGCAUUCUGCUGGGAGAACUGGCAGAAGCUAGCGGCUGGAUUUUCGGACUAGCUGGAGGAAUGUUCCUCUACAUAUCUCUAGUCGAUAUGAUGCCAGAGAUGUCGGAUGCAGCCAGGGAAGACCCCUCAAACCAGCAGGAGAACUCCCAUGCGCAGUUCCAGAAACUUAGGAGCAGUAGUAGUCACGGCCAUGCAGACACUUCAGAAGUGGACUUCAAACUGAAAGACAAUCAUUCGCGUGAACAUGUGCCAAAGAGUUCACGCGGAGAGGAAGACGAAGGAGCUCCGAGUGUGAAGAUGUUGAUGUUGCAGAGCGGCGGAAUGGUUCUAGGAUGGGUGCUGAUGUUCGUGUUUGCCAAGUACGGCGAAGUGUUCACGAGGCUGUUCUAGCCGAAAUCCCACGAUGAACACAAAGAUGACAAACAGUCUAAUAAACAGACCUGAGCCAAGAACAGAGAGACGAUCAAUGAAAUGAAAUGAAAUGAAGUUAAAUUAAGAUGUGAGUCUUUUUGAACUACUAAAUAAACUCGAUCUAUCGCUUAUUAUAUUGUUGUUUCAAAAGCUAUAAAAACUAAAAAAAAAACAGUAUGUAUGAUAAAAAAAGUAACCUUUUUCCUUCUGAAGUGUGAGUGUGCUUCUGAUAUUUGUUAAAAUCAAAGUAUAAAUUUGUAUAAACUCUUUGAUCGUUCCUUGAUUUGGGCCUAGAUAUAAGACUAAGUACAGUCAGAGUAAUGAGUAGCGCAUUAUUGCACGAGGGUUUUUUAUCCACCGCUUCCAAAGCGAUAAUUGCGAAAAUGAAUGGCUUCCAUUCUCCAUUUUUGCUCCAAAGAUUUGAUUGUGCCAAUUUUUGUUUUCCUUUUUCUGGAGUUUUUCUUGAAUGCGUGCUCAAAGCUGAGACUGCUUAUAAUCGAUGCUAUCAGUUGUUUGUAAAUCUAGUGAUUUAUUGCUUUUGUUUUUGUGUCCACCUUGUAAACUUUUUACAUCAACCUAUACAGCAACGACUUAAAAUCAACUAACGCAUUGGACAACGGUGCACUGUUUUGGGGAGAUCAGAGUUAUAUUUCUGAACCGCAUUCUGAAUCUGGCACAAUAUUUUAAAUAUUUAACAUCUACAACUUAACUAAUGAAUACUUUUUUUCGGCUGUUUUGGCAUUUGAUUACAAACCAUAUCCAGCGCCGUUGUCCUAAAAGCUGCAACAGAAUGAAAUGCAAUUAAGCUAAAUGAAUUAUUAAUCGGAGUUUAAUUCAUCAAUACUUUGAAGGCUCAAAUCUGUGCAGAAAUAAAUUGUAAACAUCCGUGAUGCAAAUAUUAAUUGUUGUGAAUGCGGAAUAUUUUUUUGCACAUAAUAUUUUUUAUUUGUUCAAUCUGGGCUUGUAACCGGUAAUGUUUUUACUCAAAUUGGGUACAAAUUUUAGGA